UGAGAAAAAAAAGAUGAGUGGGUUGUUUUCUUGUUGACUCACAACGAUGGCUUUUACUUUUUUUUAAAGUUUUUUUUUUAAGAUGAAGGUGGGGACAUGUUCUGAUUCAUAGUGUUCAAGGGAGGCUGCUGGGUGAUGCUCUUGGUGGCGCACUUUAACCCUACUGCCUGCAUAAUUGCCUCCGUGUUUGCGCGGAAGCUCAAAGUGAGCCCUCAUCGUGUUUCUCCUUUACUGUUUCCUUUUCACUCGGCUUCGACGACCAAGAGAUUUCUACAACUGCAGUUAAACUAGUUGGUUUCUUUCUUCCUCGUGUUGGCCAAAGGACUUUGGGAAUCCACUAUUUUCCUCCUUUAUAUAUAGCCUUUUAUUUUGAAUUAUUUGUUCUCUCCUGUCUAGGUUGUGGGGUUUCUUCUACUCUUUAAAGAGUUCUGCAAGCUGAACCCAGUACAAUUGGUUCUUGUGAUAUUUUUUUCAUUUCUGGGUUUCUCUUGCUUUUUUUUGGGUUGGUUUUCCCUUAGUGUAAUCCAUGAAGAAACGGUGUUGAGGUUUGAGAAUUCUCACCAGUUGUGAGGAACUAGAGGUCUUUCAAGCAAAAAGAUUAUGUUCUUGGAUUUCUACUUUUCUUUCGCAGAAGAUCUCGUGAACAUUUGUUUGCAACUCUUCUCCGAGUUUUUGUACGGAAGGGCUGUCAGAAAAGUGCCACGACGACUUGAAAUCUGUUGGGGAAUUUGAUAAAUUUGAGGGAAUUCUUGUGGUUCGAGAAUUGGGUUUUCUUCAUCUGUGCCCAAUUUCUCAAAAUUAGAUUCUCUGGUGGUUGAAGUUCUAGUUUUCUCACUUGCAAAGUAAGGGGGAGGUGGGAUUGUGUUUACUUCCUUCUCAACAGGCUUGUGUUUACUCGCUUCUCAACAGGCAGAGGAGUAGCUUUCCUGUUCGGUUUAUCACGUCACUGGUUGUUACUCAAUGUGCAGAUCCAGUAUAACUGCCUUUUAGAUGGGGACUGAUGCUACAGAAGUAGUGCCAACACUGCCUCAUCCUAAUGCUAUAAAGGUGCAUCAGUUAAUGUGCACAGACCUAAUGAAUUUGGUUGAUCGAAUCUUAAAGAUAUUACCAGAGAUAGAAGCAGCUCGCCCAUGCAAAGCAGGAAGGGAUGCAUUGUGCUCGAUAAACCUAGCAAUUGAGAAAGCCAAGUCAGUCCUGCUGGACUGCAGCGAGUCUAGUAAGCUCUAUUUGGCAAUAUCAGGCACUGUAAUAGUGUUGAAAUGUGAAAGAAUAAGGAGCUUACUGGAGAAAAAUUUAAGCCAAAUUCAGACUAUGGUUCCGUGUAUGUUGAAUGCACAGAUUUCUCGAAUAGUAGAGGAUCUUAGGGCAGUAACGUUUUCCAUGGAUUCAUCUGAAGAAGAGGCUGGGAAGGUCAUGCAAACAUUGAUGCGCCAGGAAUCAGCUCAAUCUGAUUUGAAAGAGAAUUCAAAGAUUGAGGCUCUUCAAAUUGCAGCUUCAAGGCUUCAUAUUACAUCUCAAAGAGAUCAAUUGAUAGAGAGAAGAUCCAUUAGAAAGCAGCUUGAGAAAAGCAGCAAUAAUGAAAGGAAGAAUCAAAUGUUAAUAUACCUUUUGAAUCUGCUGAAGAAGUAUGGAAACUUUAUUGUGGAAGAGCAAAUGGAGAAUGCUGAUGAUCAUCAUGAAAGACCUUUUCCAUUUCCAAACUCUUGUAGAGCUUCUUUAUGUGGUCAAUCUGUUGAAGUAGGAUCUUGCUUAGGAUACGGGCAACCUGAGGCUCAAACUGACGUGUUUAGGAGGCCAAUACCACCUGAGGAAUUCAUGUGCCCCAUAUCUUCAAGAUUGAUGUAUGAUCCGGUGAUCAUCGAUUCGGGAGUAACAUUUGAAAGGAUGUGGAUCCAGAAGUGGUUUGAUGAGGGUCAUGAUACGUGUCCACAAAGUAAAAAGAAGCUGGCCAAAAUGUUGUUGACUCCAAAUACUGCCAUGAAAGAACUAAUCUUAAAGUGGUGCAUGAAGCAUGGAAUCCCUGAACCUGGCCCAUGUUUAGAACCACCAGCAUUUAACACAUGGGAAUAUUCUUCUACUUCCAUCACAAGCCUCAGUAAUUCUAUGAAUGAUCUACACCUGCCAAUAGAUAUCAGCGGAGUAUCACUUGGAUCUUUAGAUAACAGUUACAGUUCAGACUCCUCACAUAUUAAUAUCAGAGAUGGCUUAAAUUUGAUUACAGUGAAGACUAGUGACGAAUCACACAGAUGUCAUGGUCAUGCAGAUAAACCUGAGACAGAUCUGAAGUUUUUAUCUGAACUUGCUACACAUCCAUGGGAGUCCCAAUACCAGGUGGUUGAAGAUGUAGAAAAAGACUUGAAAGGCGAUGAUCAAGCUUGGCAUUCACUAUCAUCUAAGAAUUUUGUUGAACCACUGAUUAGGUUUCUAAAGGAUGCUUGUGAGCAGCAUGAUGUAAAAGCUCAGAGAGUUGGAUCGCAGUUGUUAUUGGCAUUUGUCAGCAAAAGCAGAAGUGGUGUAUCAUACUUAGGAGAAGAUGCAUUUAAUCUGAUGACAUCUCUUCUAGAUUCAGAAGUAACUGAAGAAGCUCUUGCCAUACUGGAAGUGUUGUCUAGCAACUUGAAUUGUGGAUCUAAAAUUGCUGCAGCUGGCACUCUCACUUCUGUCCUAAAGAUCCUGGACACCCACAGAGAAUUUCAGGAACCAGCCAUUAAAAUACUAUAUAAUAUGUCCUCAAAAAGUGAUGUUCGUUCCCUCAUUGUGUCUUUGGACUGCAUCCCUAAGUUGGUCCCAUUCUUGAAGGAUACUCCUCUUGCAAAAUAUAGUAUAGUUAUUUUGAACAAUUUGUGUUAUACCGAAGAGGGCAGGGUUUCUGUUGCUGGAACUGAUGGAUGCAUAGCUUCCAUUGUUGAAUUACUUGAAAAUGGAAGCUGUGAGGACCAAGAGCAUGCAAUGGCUAUUCUCCUUUUUUUGUGCGCUCAACGUGUUCAAUAUUGCCAGUUGGUUAUGGAAGAGGGUGCUGAUGUCUUUACUUCGCUUGCCAGUAUAUCUCUCAAUGGGAAUGACAAUGGAAAGGUGAAGGCAAAUGAAUUGCUUCGACUCUUAAGAGAUAUUGAUCAUAGUGAUGUAAAAGAAAGUCCUGGAUCCAAUCUUGUUGUCCCUGUAGACUCCAGCAACUACAUUAAAGAGAAGAAAUCAUCUUCCAAGGCAUCAGGAAUUUUUGGAAGGAUACCAAUAUUCUCAAAGCGCAGGUCUGGUUCACCAAAAAGAAAGAAAUGAAACCCAAAUCUUUAGCUAUUUUUUGAUUCUGGUGUGAGUUGAAUUCUCAUCAGGGUCUUGUCAUAAAAUGUGCUGGGUAAGACUUUUUUUCCCUUAUCUAAAGGGAGUGAUGAUAUCAUGUAAAAGCUAAUAUAGUUAGUGGGUAAGUGGUUAUGUUUAGCUAUCAUAUUAAUACCCAAACUAAUCCCCCAACAUGUAAAUUUUAUUAGCUUUGGUUAGUUGAACUUUUCUGGCUUUAUACACAAUAAUAAUGUAUAGUUUUGCCUUAUUUGAUUUGUAAUUUGAUAUUUGAUAAGAAACAGCUUUUUGUGAUUGCUUGAAUAUAUAUUCAUACGUCUUUGCACUUA